AACCAAUCAUUGUCUAAUCCCAUAGUCUGCAGCAUUUCAGCCCAGCACGUGAAUAUAAAAACUAUUAAAUUUACAAAAUUAAAAGUAAAUGAUUCAAGAAACAAACAGAGAGCGAUCGCCAGCAGAUGCAUUUGAGCGGCGCGCGCCUGCAUUAGCGCACGAGAGUUGACUCAUUGCGCGUGUCGUUCGGAAAGAGGCAAUUAUCGCAGAGAGCCAUUAAGAACUCAAAAAGAUAAAACAAGCGCCGAAAUAUAGCAACAAGUAAACCAAAUACAAAUAUAAAUAAAUAAAGAAACAAGCAUAUCGUGCCAUAAAAAACACGACAAGAAAACAACAAUUGAAAUGAUCUGUUCUACAUGAGUGUGAGAGCAUUUGUUGGGGCUUGACGCUUUUCGACAACUAAUUGGAAACUCGAUCACCGGCAUUUGUGGCAGUUUUCCGUGCGCUUUCGCAGUGAGCGGACUUAUUGUUGAAGUGCUUGAUAUAUUUUUGCUAGAUUAAAUAGUAAAAAAGCGUGACUUACACAAAAACUUAAAAAAAAAAAUUAAAUAAAUUGUAUUUAAAUAAAUACAAACAAUUUUUACUUGAAAAUUAAUUGAACUUGAACUCAUAAAUAAAUACUUACAUAAUUUUAGUGAUCGACGCAAGCUCUAACAUCGUCGUGCUGUCAAAAGCUUUACUUUACGCGUUUCGCUUUAGCCUUGACAGUCACCUGCUAUUAGAGCGCGUAGAAAAAACUCGAAAAAAGUUCAACAAAGCAGCCAACAGCUGUUGAUUUUGCCGACGAGUUUUUGCAGUAGUGAGAAGAAAACAACAACAAUGGAAACGGUUAUAAACAAAGCUUUUGCUGAUGCAGGUCAGAAGCCUGGUGUGGAAAUUUGGCGCAUUGAGGAUUUUGAGCCAGUACCCUAUCCAGCCAAAUACUAUGGAAAAUUCUACGAAGGAGAUUCGUACAUUAUUUUAAAGACCACCGAAGACCCGAAGAGCCAAAAACUUUCGUGGGAUAUUCACUUUUGGCUAGGCGCUGAGACGACCACCGACGAGGCGGGCGCUGCGGCUAUUUGCACCGUGCAACUGGACGACCAAUUGGAUGGUGCACCGGUGCAGCAUCGCGAAGUUCAAGAUCAUGAAUCACAAUUGUUCCUCAGCUACUUUAAAAAUGGUGUGCGCUACGAGAAGGGCGGCGUGGCUACUGGUUUCGAGCAUGUCGAUGUGAAUGCUGCUGGUGAGAAGCGUCUCUUCCAGGUGAAGGGUAAACGAAAUGUACGGGUGCGUCAGGUAGCAUUGUCUAUAACGUCGAUGAAUCGCGGCGAUUGUUUCAUUUUGGAUGCAGGCGAAGAGAUACUCGUCUAUGUGGGCGAGCAGGCGAAACGUUUGGAGCGCCUGAAAGCCAUUUACGCUGCAAAUGAAAUACGUGAUCAGGACCAUCAUGGACGUUCGAAGGUGAACAUUAUUGACAACUUCUCCUCUGAUUUUGCGAAGGAGCUUUUCUUCACCACACUCGGUUCUGGUUCGGCUGACGAAGUACCAGAUGAGAGCACAGACGAAGAAGACGGCGCUUUCGAAACGGCCGAUAUCAAAGCAGUUACACUGUAUAAAGUUAGUGACGCUAGCGGGUCUUUGGAAAUUGAAAAGAUAUCCGAAAAGCCACUACGACAAGAAAUGCUUAGUACAGAUGAUAGCUUCAUACUAGACACAGAUUCCGGCAUUUAUGUUUGGGUUGGACGCAAUUCAACACAAAAAGAAAAGACCAGUGCACUGAAAGCAGCUGAGCAUUUUUUAGAGAGUAAUUCGUAUCCAAAUUGGACGCAGGUACAUCGUGUAGUGGAGGAUGGUGAACCGGCCCCGUUCAAACAAUACUUUUCGACUUGGCAUGAUCAAGGUGUGCAACAUAAGCGUUUGAUACGCAUCGCGUUGGGUUACAGCACAGACGAUUCUGAUUAUGAGGAACCUGAGGAUGUGGAUUCGGUUGUGCAGAAUCUAAAGAAAAGUGGUGGACGAGCCAUUGCUUUUAUGCCCGACUUUGGCGAACGUGAUAUUGAACAUAUUAUCAAGUUCAGUUCAGAGUCGGAUGAUGAUGUUGUGCGCAGUAUUGUAGAUUUUGAAGGCACCACACCACUAAUCGGUCAAUAUGCCUACAUUAUCACCUACAAGUAUAGCGCUAAGAGUGGUGAGUCUGGUAAACUCAUUUAUGUGUGGGAAGGUGCUAAAGCUAGUGACGCCGUGAAGGAGCGUUCAUUCAAUGACGGUUUGGCGAUGGCACAGGAGGAGAAUGCCAUAUUGGUGCGCACAGGACAAAGUCAUGAACCACGCCAUUUUUUGAAAAUAUUCAAAGGUAAGCUGAUUACGCCAUUCACUGAAAAGCCGAAAAGUGCGCAACUCUUCCGCGUACGUGGCACCGACGCAACCGAUGUGCAUGCGACCGAAGUGAACUGUGACGCCUCAUCGUUGGCCUCUGGUGAUGUCUUUGCACUGAUAACGCUAGAUCACAAAGUCUACAUAUGGAUUGGGCAGGGUGCUUCCGACUUUGAGAAAUCUUCUGCGAAUGAGCGUUUUGCUCACUACUGGCCUCAUGGCAAGACAGAGGUGAUUGAAGAAGGUUCUGAACCCUCAGAGUUCUGGGAAGAAUUGCAUGGUGAGGGUGAAUACGACCGCAGGGUUAAUGAUCUGGGUGCACCAUUGCUGGAGCCGCGUCUGUUCCACUGCCAAUUGGUGGCCUGGCGUACUAAGGUGGAGGAGGUGCGCGAAUUCAAGCAGACGGACCUUGAUGUUGAUGACGUAAUGUUAUUGGAUGCCGGUGAUGAAAUUUACAUGUGGGUCGGCUCCGGCGCAUCUGUAGAGGAAAAUGCUAAAAUUUUGCAAAUGGCUCGGAAAUACAUCAAACAAGAACCUACCGAUCGUACUGUUGAUACUGUCAGCGUAAUCCGUAUUGUUCAGGGCAAUGAACCGCGUGUGUUUACGCGUAUGUUUGCCUCCUGGGACAAUGACUAUUGGAAGGACGAAAACGAAGUAAGAAAUGAGAGCAAAGAAAACUUAGACAGUUCAAGAAAUCGUGUAAACUCACUUCCUACUGAUGUUGUAGAGAGUAUGUCGGAGAAAUCCAUUGAAGGUAGAAGGCUUAGAAAUGGCUUUCAAGAAUACUAUCGCGUCGUGACAUUGGAUGUGAAAAACGCCUACAAUAAAGCAGAUUGGGAACAAAUAAUAGCUUCUUUACAACAAAAUCAAGAAAAUAUAAGUAUUGACAGCGUAAAUGAAUUGCCAGACAAUGUUGAAGGUUUCCAAGGUAUAGAAGCCGCGAUGCACAAUCAGACUCACUGGAGUGCCAUACGCGAAGCCAUUGCACGACAGCAAAACCCGAGGGUGGCGAAAAUAGUUGGUGUUGCCGAUGAUAUUGCGCUAGCGGUGAUCAAAAGGCAUUUAACAGAUGUUGCGAGCGCCAGCAAUGCCGAGGUGGUGUUAAUACAAGAUUGGCUGAGUUCAAUUGGUCUACAGCUGAGUGAAAAUAAAAGCAACGCCGUGUUGAAAUCGCGUAUAAAAAAAGUCGAGCAAGAGCGUAUAAAACAGGGCAAUAUGUUGGUCGAAGCUAAACCGCAGAUCGGCUAUUUAGGGCUUCUACUGACUACGAAAUUAAAAUUUAAACAUAAUUUGCAAUAUUCUGAUAAGUUUGCGACGCUGGCAAAUACCAAUGAACUAAAGAAAAUGCUAUUGGGGAUGAAUGUGUCAACUGCGGCGUUACUUUAUCCCUCCACAGGGCCUGAUAAUAAGCUGAAAUUAAUUGUGGAGACCAAUUACUCUGUAGAGAGAAGAUUACUUUCAGGUAAGAGUACGGGUACCGCGCUGGGUGAGGAAGCAGAUGGUGAUGCCGUUGAUGUUGUUUCGGUCGAUGAGCGCAAACGUUGGAGAAUGCGACGCACAGAAAGUUUACCAGAAGUCAGGGAACUAGAAGGAGUAGAUAUUUGAGCAUUAUUUAAUUGUAAUAAAAAAAUAAUAAUAAUAAUAAAAUAUAUAAGUAAAAAUAAUAGCAAAAGUAAAUAUAAUAAAAUAAAUGAUAUCUAACAAAUAUAAUUUUUAAAUAAUUAGAUCGAAUAUUGUAUGAUUUGACUACCAUAUAUCGUAAAUCUGCGAAUAUGUUAAAACGAGAGUGACUAAGUACUCACUUUUCGCUUCUCUUAUUCCCCUGUAAGCAUUUUAGUUUUAACUUGUAUCGAACUAUUUAUGUUUAAGUGUAAGUGCUAAGGAAUAUAUGUAUGCAUGCACUUGUAAAUUUAUGAAGCUAUUAGCAUGCAUGUUGGCAUUAUUAAUCUCUUUCGCUUUUUUGCUUUUAAAUUUACGCAAAUAAUACUCUGUUUACUACACAUGCACAGGCGUAAGCAUGUAUGCAUGUUCGUUGAAAUAAACAUAGAGAAAAUAUUUAGUAUAUGUCUACUUGAUAUGAGUACAAGAGCUGGUGCAUAAAUCUGCUCAUGCUUAUGGGUGUGUGCUUAUAUGGUGCAUUCCAGUUCAAAGGAUACAAGAAGAAUUUUUUGUUAUAAGGAAAAGAGUAGUUAAGUGCAGUUGUUUCUUUUUUAUAAAAGGCUAUUUUUUUAAUGAAUUUUCGAAACUAAUUUGGCUGACGAAAUUGUGUUACGCAACAAAAUUACGUUACGCCAGCAAUUUGCACUGUUACCAUUUAGCGUAGAUAAAACUGAUUUAAGUGUCGCUGUUUUGAUUGUAUUGGUGUAACAUUAAGAAGAUUCAAGACAAAAUUUUUAGAAGGAUGCCACAUAUUUGUGAAUUGCACGUAAAAACAAUUACAAGAUAAAAAAAAAAACACUAUAAAAUGAAAGGGUUAGGAAUAGCUUACAAUUGAAAAAAUUUUGAAAGAGUAAAAAUUUUGAAACUCUAAUUUAUAAAAAUGGGAAUGAAGUAUCUCAUACGCUUAUACCUCUCGGCAUUAUUUGCGAAAGUUUCACUUUUACCGAGUUUCCGUUUCCGUUUUUUUCUACGUCCUUUAAUAUAGAAUCCACCAUAUGCUCUCACUUUUGCUUUUAAAGCUGAUACUUUAAAUUCCAUCACCACUAAAUACAUAUAUGCAAACCAAUUUCCCCAAAUAAAAUUGUGG